AUGAUGUCAUGGUUUCGUUUCAUGUUAGAUUGCCAUUGGUAGAAUACACGUAUGUAGACAGCUCCAAACAUAUGGGAUGUAGAUGCAGUAAGUCUGUGCUAUAGCAACACAAAUCAUUGUAUAAGACAAUAAGUGCUAUCAGAACGAAAGGAUUACCUGCCUUCGAUAAUUAAACAAUGUAUUCGAAUUUGGAGAAAACCCCGAGGCAUUUAUUAGUAUGUGAGAAAUCAAAUUUCAAGAACGAGAAAUCACGGCAUGGUAUCCACGUGGAGAACCACUAUUUUAACUACAGAGUGUCUGUUUUAAUUCCAGAGUGUGGGGCCCUUCCUGCUGGACUAAGUACUAUUGGCAGUAGCUUUGGAAAGUAUUACCUGGUGAAGAACUUACCAGUUUAUGAAAUUGUGGAACAGCAGUUUCUUGAUCUCUGUGUAAAAAAGGGUUCUUUCUAUGCUCUAUCAUAUAACACACGAAUAGACCAAGACAAUUCAGCUGCCCUGAUACCAGCAGGUAAACUCAUAUUAUCAGUUGAUAAGGACACAUAUGAAGAACUUGGUCUGGAAGGACAGCAAUCCCAGUACUCUCACAAAGCAGUAAUGAGACACAUUAUUACCAUUGAUCUCACUGAUGCAUCCUUCGCUCCUGGCACGAAAAAAUAUAAGAGAGUCGUUUGGGCUCUAAAGGAGAAGAAGCCACUUGCAUGUGACUUCUUGAUGGCAUGGCACCCCUCAGGUGAGGGAGAUUUCAGCUUGUCCUCUUACUUUGCAAAGUACCAGUGCAAAGAACACACUCCUUCAGUAUCUACAAAAAUACUGAGAGACAUUCCAAGUCCAGUAAUAAAGAGCGGUGAAUUGAAAGGCAAACCAGAGGAAUCCUGCGAUUCUCAAGAAUUCUUGGACUGGCUGGGUGCAGCAUCAGCUGAUAUUGACUGCAACAAUGAAGCAUCAAGCUUCCUAUCUACCUACUGCUGUCCAGAGCCGAGCAUUGUGAUGGGUCAAGCUUGCCUUUGGACUGUUACUGGUUUCCUUUUACCCGAGAAGAUUUGCAUGUUACUGGAACAGCUACGGCACUAUUUCGAUGAGCCUAAGCUUGCCCACUGGACCGCUCUGACUGUACAUGGCUUUGCAGAUAGCCCGGUGUCCUGGGGUGUCGCUGAGCAUGGAUUUCAUAAAGGAGGAGAGAACUUGUACAAUUUUGUUAUUUUUAGAAACCACGACUAUUGGCUUCAAAUGGCAGUGGGGACACAGGAUGGGUGCCCGCCUUGAAACCUACUAAGCCGGCAAAUAGUUUAAAUACAGAGAUGCAAAGAGAAAUGGAGAACUAAACGUUAAAAGCUGUUGCUGUCUUUCAGAUUAAAGAAGUUGGAACUUGCAUGAGUCAGUGGUGUUAAGUAGAAAAUAACUUUUGUGCUUGUGUCAUGUGUUUAUAUACCGCUUAUGCUAUAUACUAAGUGAAAAAUAAAUCAAAAAGGAUUUGGGCCAA